ACUGUUUAGUCAGUGGAAUAUGGCGUGUGUUUGCAGGAGGUGACUGUACGGACAUGUCUGAGUAGCAAAGCAGUGGCGUUUUCCAACACGUAAGCGUCGAAGUUCCGGGUUCAAGAUGGGAAAGUGCGGCGUUAUGUCCUCCAAGACAGUCUUGGUCUUUCUCAACCUCAUUUUCUGGGCUGCUGCUGGUAUCCUGUGCUACGUGGGAGCAUACGUCUUCAUUACAUAUGAUGACUACGACCAUUUCUUUGAAGAUGUGUACACGUUCAUCCCAGCGAUGGUCAUCAUUGCAGUUGGAGCACUCCUCUUCAUUAUUGGGUUGAUUGGCUGCUGUGCUACAGUGAGAGAGAGCCGCUGUGGACUUGCAACAUUUGUGAUUAUUCUCCUGCUGGUGUUGGUGACUGAAGUGGCGGUGGUUGUGCUUGGAUAUAUUUACAGAGCAAAGGUUGAAACUGAAGUUAAUAACUCCAUCAGUAAGGUCUUCAAUGAGUACAAUGGCACCAACAGCAAUGCCCAGAGUCGUGCCAUCGACUACAUACAGAGACAGCUUCAGUGCUGUGGCAUCCAUAAUUACUCAGAUUGGCAUGAUACACGCUGGUUUAAAGAGUCCAAAGACAACAGUGUUCCUAUGAGCUGCUGCAACUCUACAGCUACAACUAGAAGCUGCUCCGGGUCCCUGGCAAAUCCUGAAGAUCUGUACCAAGAAGGCUGUGAGGCUCUGAUUGUCAAGAAGCUAAAGGAGAUCAUGAUGUACAUCAUCUUCACUGCACUGUUGUUUGCUGUCGUCCAGAUGCUGGGGAUGCUGUGUGGGUGUAUCGUGUUGUGCCGCAGAGGGAGAGAUCCUCCCUAUGAACUUCUCAUUUCAGGGGCCACUCAGGCAUAAAGAGGAACUUGUUUAUCUUGUUCUAACAACUUCUGUCUUCAGUGAGGGCAUAAUUAAAAAAAUCACCACCUAAAUAACCUGGCCAACCACACUGAUGCUAUUUUGCAAACACCAAAAAAAGUAUACGCUCGAAGUCUCACAGUGACCUGUGAGAAUGACAAGUGAGGUUUGGACACGAUAACAGACAGGGUAAUUUCUUCAUGGUGGUUUCCAAGUGUUGGGCUUCAAAGAAAAAGAAAUCAAUUUAAACUUCUAGCGAACUUGAACGUAUUGGUGGAGAAUUUCAGCCUGUAUCUCCUCUUAUCUAUUCUACAACAUAGUCUCAGUGUUCUUUGGUAUGAUUUUGAUUUAAAAGCUUUUACCAUAACUAAAAGUAUCAAGAGAAUGUUUUUUAGCCAAAGAGCAUCUUUAAAAAAACUCCUGAUUAGAUUCUAGGAAGCACUCCAAUUAAAUAUAAAGAGAUCUACACCAGCAGGUGUAGGAGUAUCACUACAGUUGAUGUCAAUGUGAACUUUAUAAAAGAAAUUACUCACAGAAAAUCAUUUAAUUUAAGAACUGUAUCUUAAGGAUGUUUCCUAUGGGUGGAUGUGUUUAUGAUUUUAUUUGAUCUAUAAUGUAAGAGUGUAUUAUGUAAAUAAAAUAAAAGGUGAAGGUUU